AUGCCUGAUCUUCCAACACUAGUCUUCAUACCUGGCUCCUGGCAUAAACCCACAUGCUAUGACAAGGUGAUCAAAAUCCUUCAUGAGCAGCAUGGAUUAAAAUGUGUCUCAAUUACCCUCCACUCAACGACGGGAAACCCAGCUGCGACCUUCAAAGAUGAUAUUGAUGCUGCCCGUGAAGCUAUAUUCAGGGAGACAACCCAGGGGCGCAAUGUGGUUGUCCUUGCGCACUCGUAUGGCGGCAUGGUUGGCAAUAGCGCUAUCAAGGGUUUCACACGGCCACAAGACGCCACCGCCCCAACAACGGGGUACGUUAUCGGCCUCGUCCUCGUAGCCUCUGGCUUUACCCUGACAGGACUGUCCUUUAUGGAUCCGUUCUUCGGUUGUCCACCUCCUUCCUGGCGGGUCAAUAGCGAGACCGGUUAUGCCGAGCUUGUCACUCCUCCACGUGAGCUUUUUUAUCACGACUUGCCAGCGGAAGAGGCUGAGUUCUGGGUUUCUCAGCUCACGCCCCAGAGUCUCAAAGCAUUGUUCGAGGGUGGUGAGCAUGCAUACGCUAGUUGGAAGGAUGUGCCUGUCUGGUAUAUUGGCACUGUCGAGGAUCGGGGUUUGCCGGUGUUGGUGCAACGGAUGCAGGUGGGUAUGGCAAGGUAA